GCCGCUGUAGACUUCGCAGGUAACAGCAGCAGGUUUUGCCGUGGUGUCUGUCGAGUGGAUUCAUUCGCUGUUACUCUCGGCGCACGAAAUUCUUGAAAAAGUAAGGACUUACAUAAUCGAGCCUUUGGAAUACCUAAAGAGCUGAAGCUUUGCUUUUCUUAAAGUUACUGAAGCAUCCUUCCGUGGUGGUUAGAAUAACAUAAUUACCGGUGCGUUUAGCUGUCCUCAUGGAAUAAACUUGUACAGGAAUUGCCAGGAGACAUAAUUCAUUAAGAAUUCCAGGAAUCGAAAGGAUUAUAUUUAUGAGAAAUCAAUGCAUAAACUUAGUCCACGACAACACUGAAAAGAAACCUUCGUGAAAAGAAGACAUGAAACAAAAGAACGAAAGAAACGGAGAUGCGUUUGUCUGCUUUUUCUGAUCUUUCUGGUGAUUGUGAAUAGGACUGCCACGCAUAGAAAACGAGGAGCAUAGAAAACGUCCCCCUUCUCAGUGCCAGAAAAGGCGGCUUGUUCUUUGCAUCAUUACUCUCCCAUGAUCUUUGUGGCGCAAAAGAUCUAUGAACUUAAUGAGGCCAUGAGAGGCUGACGUUCGCUAUUUGAGGACCCCAGGGGAACAAGUCAAUGGAGUAGGGACUCACCACGCAUUACCCCCAGCAUUCGUUCCCAGCUCAGCAAAGAUGGUCUUCCCUGUGAAGAUAACGUCUCUGUUAUUUAUGUACUUUCUACUAAGUUUAUCAUCAGUGGAAAGCGGAAGUGAAGCCGAGAUCAUCAAGGCCCUGGAGGAGACGCAGCAGGAGGUGGCCUGGAAGUACAUCCCCUUGAGCGGGCCGUCCAUUGACAAGAGUUAUUCCAAGAACAUUACGGCUCAGAUUGGGAAGACGGCUGUUCUGAACUGCCGGGUCAAGUAUUUGGGUGGAAAGACGGUGUCCUGGAUGCGCGCCCGCGACCUCCACCUCCUGACGGUGGGGCGGUUCACCUACACAAGCGACGAGAGGUUCCGCGCCGUUCAUCAGCCCGGCUCCGAUGAUUGGCUCCUGAAGAUCCAUUAUGCCCAGGAGCGAGAUGCCGGCUCCUACGAGUGUCAAGUCUCAACCACGCCCCCUCUCUCCACCAGUGUCUGGCUGAUGGUUGUGGCCGAGCCACAAACUCAGGUCUUGGGUGGGCCCGACCUUUACAUCAACGCUGGGUCAACGAUCAAUUUGACCUGUGUUGUCAGCCACAGUGCUGAUCCCCCGCCUUACAUCUUCUGGUACCACCAAAGUGAGCUGCUGUCGUAUGACUCCCCAAGGGGUGGAAUUACUGUGGUGACAGAGCACGGUCCCACAUCCAGCUCUCGUCUCCUGAUCCAGAGAGCAACGUCGGCCGAUGCUGGCCAAUACUCCUGUCGACCUGCCAAUGCCGAACCUCAUCAGAUCAAUGUUCACAUCAUCCCUAGUGAGUACGAGCACCCAGCUGCCAUCCACCACAAGAACGGGACGUCUUUCGGCCUCAGCAUACACGGCAGAUCCCAGCCCCAUUAUUCCCUCAUCCUGAGCUUUAUACUGGCGUUAUUAUCGUUUUUCCCAAACCUCCUCCUCCUCCUCUGUGGCGGCAACGCCAGGUCCCUCAAGUGUCACCACUAUCCUAGGAGAUCCUCCAUAUCAUCUAAGGAGGCCUUUGAAAGCUACUCAGCGACACUAAACCAAGUCAACGAGACCACUUCGCCCGGCUCCAUCACCCGACAUGACGAGCUCUGGCGUCCCGUGAGGUCUAAGCCAGUGGAACCACUUCGGGCCCUUCCUCGGGUCCUCCUCCUCCUCCUCCGAAGCAAGGACAGGGGCUGGAAGUCUCCUCUGGGUCACGCGCUCUGGAAUCGGGAAUGGGACCAUAAACAUUUGGGAAACGCCUCCACUAGGCUGGACGCCGUGUCGACCCUGAGAGCGGCAUGUUUAAUUCGAAGUAGCGUUCGCCAACACGUGUUUCCCUCGUGUCUCCUUCACAUGGUCGUCUGUCACGAUGGCACCAGCUGUAUUAAUCACACGCUGAUAUCAAUUUUGUUAACCAUUUAUAUUCCCAAGUCUUAAAAAUGAAUGCGAUUCGGCUCAAUUUCUUAAAAGUCAACAACACUAUAUAGGAUUAGGAUGGACAUAGACAUACCAUUUGAACGCGUGCUCUUACAUGGAAAUAAAUUAAGAUUUUGAUAUGAAACAUUGAUUGUAAACGACUCCUGACAUGCUGGGAGUCACGGCAUUUUACGCUUGUGAGGCUUUGAAAAUUGAUCUGCAAAGGAAAUAAGAUAUCUCGAGACCAAAUGAAUGCUAUCUAGCCUUCGAAAACUAGAUAUGGGAGCAAAUACUGAAUGCCCAACGUGGGCAUUCAGUAAGUUUCAAGCAUGCUGACCGUGGAUUAAGGAUAACGUGGAAGUACACUUUCGAAAAGGCACCAUUGUUUAGUUUUAAAAUGCUAGUACAUUGCGUUAAACAUUUUCAUAUGUUGGAAACAUUACUAUUUUUUUUAAAGUUCUCACUUUUGAAAAAUCAGGAUCAAGAAAUCCUUAGAUCUUGCCAUGCAUUGUUUUUCAUUAAUGAAGUGUGCUGUAUGUAAUGUCAUUUUGAUAGUGAACUGUCUGUUAAAACCACUCAUUUUCCUUGGCCGCCAUGAAGGUUAAAACUUGAAUGAGCCUUUCUGAAAUAUUGGUGAUCAACUUUUGCAUAGAAAAAAGUGUUAAAGCAGAAAUCAGACAAUAAUAUCCCUUAGAUAAAUUAGAAAUAAUUUUUCUUAUAUAUUUUUUUUCUGGCCAAUGAGAAAUUGUACUUUUUUUAAUGGAAGGAUAUCUAAUAGGUAUGAUCAUAUUACCAUACACAGAACACCAAGGAAUACGAGUUUUUUUUUUUUUUUUUUUUU